UCACUUGCUCAUAAUGAUUCAAAAGGAUGGGAUCUUAAAUUAUCACAAAUUGCAUUUGCCUUACGUACUGCUCCAAGUGAAUCAACAGAUAAUUCACCUGCAUUUCUUAUGUUUGGUCGUCGUCCACGUCAACCUCUUGAUUUAAUAUUACCAUCUCCACCUGUUUCUGAUGAUUUACCAUCAUCUAAUGAAUUAUCUGCUUAUCGCAAAUGA